GGGGGCUCGCGGCUCCCGCCUCCCCCUCGCAAGAGAGCGAGAGAGAGAGAAAAAAAUUAAUUAUAACAUCACCGCAAUUAGCCCGAUUAAUUAACACCCCCCCCCCUCCACUACCAACCAACCUCACAAACCCAAUUACCGUCAAACCGCAAUCGUCGUCGCGUGAGGGAGAGUCUCGCGCGGGCGCGGGAUUUUUUUCUCUCUUUCCCCGCGGCCGUGUUUGUCUCUCUCCUUCCCGCCACCACCACCACCAACCCCCACCAUCACCACACCGCCCCCCAACCAGAACCGUCCGCGCGGCUAACCCCCUCACAACCUCCUCACGCUACCGUCGCCACCACCGCCGCCGCCGCCACCGCCGCCGCCGCCGUCUCGCAUAACGGUCGCGCCCCGCGGGCCGGGCCAGGCCGGGGGAGGAGGAGGAGGAGGGCGACGAGGAGGGAGGGAGGGAGGAGAAGGAGAAAAUUGCCGCCAUGGGCUGCUUCGACAGCAAGACCGAAGAUCAGCGGACUGACGAGAAGGCGCAGAGGGAGGCCAACAAGAAAAUCGAGAGACAGCUCGCGCGGGAGAAGCAGCAGUACCGCGCCACGCAUCGCCUCCUCUUGCUGGGGGCGGGCGAGUCAGGCAAGAGCACCAUCGUAAAACAGAUGAGGAUCCUACACGUGGACGGAUUCGACCCCGAGGAGAAGAAGCAGAAGAUAGAAGACAUCAAGAGGAACAUCAAGGACUCCAUCGUGACCAUCACGUCGGCCAUGAGCACGCUCACGCCGCCCGUGUCCAUCGGCAACCCGGCCAAUCAGAAGAGCCUGGACUUCAUGCUCAACACGGUGACGCGCAUGGAGUACGAAAUAACGCCGGAGUUCUACGUCCACGCCAAGGCACUGUGGGAGGACGACGGGGUCAAGGCCUGCUUCGAGCGCUCCAACGAGUACCAGCUCAUCGACUGCGCAAAGUACUUCCUGGACAGAAUAGACGUCAUCAGUCAGAGCAACUACUCACCCACCGACCAGGAUCUACUGCGGUGCCGAGUUCUCACAUCGGGGAUUUACGAGACGAGGUUCCAGGUGGACAAGGUGAACUUCCACAUGUUCGACGUGGGUGGACAGAGGGACGAGAGGAGGAAGUGGAUCCAGUGCUUCAACGACGUGACGGCCAUCAUCUUCGUGGUGUCGAGCAGCAGCUACAACAUGGUGCUGCGAGAAGACCCGUCACAGAACCGGCUGAGGGAGUCCCUGGAGCUCUUCAAGAGCAUCUGGAUAAACAGGUGGCUGCGCUCAAUCUCCGUGAUCCUGUUCUUGAACAAGCAAGACGUCCUGGCCGACAAGGUGCUGGCCGGGAAAUCCCGUAUCGAGGACUACUUCCCCGAGUUCGAGCGAUACACCGUGCCUGACGACGCCACCUCCGACGAGGGCGAGGAUCCCAGAGUCACGCGCGCCAAGUUCUUCAUUCGAGACGAGUUCUUGCGCAUCAGCACGGCGAGCGGGGACGGCCGCCACUACUGCUACCCGCACUUCACGUGCGCCGUCGACACGGAGAACAUCCGGCGCGUCUUCCAGGACUGCCGUGACAUCAUCCAGCGCAUGCACCUGCGCCAGUACGAGCUCUUGUGACGCCCCACCCCCCUCCCCCCCCCACACACCACCCCCCUCCCCGCCGGCGCCCGCCCUCGCCGGGCCCCCGCCGGAGCAACGGCGACCGCGACGCCGCCAGCUCGGCAAAACCACCGUCGCCACGACCGCCACAGCCACCGCCGACGGCGGCGACGGCGACGGCGACGCCACCGUCCUCCCCUUCCUGGCGCGUCGGCACAAUCGUUGUUGUAGCUACGGUAACGGUUGGCGGUGCCGGCGACCGUGAAAUCGGUGGCGUCGAGUUAUGGAAAGGGCGCGGUCCGGGGGAGGGGGGGCGGCAGGCCGACGGUUUUGGCGGUGUUCCCAUCGGCAAGCCGUCGACAUCGCAAUCCAUACCCCCCC